UCGUUAGUAGCGUCAGUAUUGUGGUUUACUUAAGUAAAAUGUGUAAGGUGCGAUGUGUUUUGGUCAUUGCGGUCCUACUACUUAACAAUGUUUGCAUAAGUCGCGUGGUUCUGCCUCAUGUACCAGACAUCAUGCAUCCACCUAUCCCCGAAGAUGCCGAUAUAGACGCUGACUUAAUAGACCAACUCCAUGACCAGGAUCCUGAAGUACGUCCCGGUUUAUUCCAAGGAGACAUGGCAAUGGAAAACGACAUUUACAAAUACUGGAGAAUUGGACUCCGCAAGGACAUAUUUCCCGAAAAGCUCUGGCUUAACAAAACCGUUCCUUACGUCAUAAGUCCUUUGUAUGAUGUGACUGAUUAUGUGACGAUUUAUCGAGCGAUCCGAACGAUAAAUUUUAUGACCUGCGUGAAAUUUAUUCCAUGGAAUGGAAAAGUUAGCGAUUAUCUCCUCAUUUGGCCCAUCAAGUACCCUGCAGGAUGCUGGUCUUUCGUAGGACGUAAAGGCGGUUCACAAAUUCUCAGUUUGCAACCACCUACCGAUAGAAGCACAAAUUGUUUAGGCAACGAGGGUAGAGCGAUACAUGAGCUAAUGCAUGCCUUAGGAAUAUUCCACGAACAUUCCAGGUGGGACAGGGACCGAUAUGUUAAAAUACAUCCAGAGAAUAUUGUGCCUAGGUACAAGUCUAAUUUCCAGAAACAGAGUCCCGAAAAUACCUCUUUCAGUUUCGAGUAUGACUUCGAUUCCAUUAUGCAUUAUGGCAAAAAUUAUUUCAGCAUAGGCAGUGGAAAGCCGACAAUUACUCCGAAAGUAUCUGGAGUGAAAAAAUUGGGUCAAAGAAAGGGAAUGUCUGUUUUAGACUGUCUGAAACUGAACGAUCUCUACGGCUGUUUAGAUAAUCCAAAGACAAGGAGAAAGUAUUUUAGUAUUUGCAAAUUUUUAGGAAUAUCGUCUUAA